CGGAGGUUGCCAAACACAAGCGUAUAUAAAUUUGGGUUGGUCUUGAACCACACCCUGAUACAAGUCGUGCAUACACUCGAGAUAAUGUUCGUCUACCCUACUUCGUCAACUCUGCCAACUCCGAUUCUCGAGCAUUCAAUGCGUUCACUUCCGCAUCCAGUGCUACAUUAGCCAGUUCAAUCUGAAGGACAUUCGAAAUCAGCUCUGUCCAUCUUGUUUCGAGGCUGGUCAACUGUGCGCCGAGUUUGGUCUGCGUGUUUUUACGCUCCCGAUUUACGUCCACGGUUAGUAGCUUCAAGUCCUCAAGCGCCUGCUCCGUCUGUUUUACCGUCGACUCGAGGAGAUAAUUAUGAAUUCUCCAUGCAUUAGACCCAUACGUUUGGAGUAACGUCAGAUUCGUUUGUCUUUGGGAAAUAAGAGACGGCACUGUGCGAGCGUUUGUUCAGACUGACCGCAUUCGCUGAUGCUCCAAUUGAGCAUUCGCAUUGUCGAGCGCCGCCUGCCAUUCUUCAUCUGUCCCUGGAGCUGACGGCGCAGGCAGCUGGUAACGGAGCGCAUCGAGUCGAGGAAAUUCUUGAUGUGCCUCAACGCGCUCGAGCUCCGCUUGGAGUAAAGGAUGUUUCUACGAGGGCAGAAAAAUCAGCCAGGAUUCGAGAAUAGAGCUCUUACUGACGGCGAACAGUUUGUAUUCUGGCGGGACGCGUGGAUGUAAUUCCGUUGGCGGCUUUGGUUGACGCGCCAGUUCACGAUCAACUUUUUCUUUCAGCCCAGGAUAUCGUUCUACGUCGUUGUCAUAGUACGGAAGAGAAUCGAGGAGUUCAGUCAUGGUCCUGAGCAACAAGUUUGUACAUCGCGAACGAGUGGCUGUGCUACCAAACCAUGUCUCUUCGUAUCGGCCAGGUGCUCGCAAGGCAGCUUGUAGCUGUACGCUCACGGGCCCUGCACAACUCCUCGAGAGCUCUUGCAUCCACUUCCCCCUUUGUAGAGUCGACGUCUCCUAACCCUACCCUGGAAAAAUACGCGCAGGCGACCUCCGAGCUUCACACCUACGGAUCAUACCUCACUCAAUGCAUGCCCAAAUUCAUCCAGCAGUUCUCCGUCUCUCGUGACGAGCUCACUCUCUAUGCACCGGCUUCUGCCAUCGUUCCUUUGCUCACAUUCCUUCGGGAUCACUCGCGCUGCCAGUUCAAGUACCUCAUGCAGGUGACGGCGGCGGACUUCCCGGAGCGCGACAAGCGAUUCGAGGUCGUAUAUCAUCUGCUUAGCACCUCGCAGCAAGGAAGGAUCAGGGUCAAGACCUAUGCCGGCGAAGGAGAUCAUGUACCUAGUGCAGCGAACGUUUUCCGGAGCGCAGAUUGGUACGAGAGAGAAGUUUGGGACAUGUACGGCGUAUUCUUCAGUGGCCAUCCUGAUCUUCGCCGUAUUUUGACCGACUACGGCUUCGAGGGCCACCCCCUCCGCAAAGAUUUCCCUCUCACCGGGUACACCGAGCUUCGGUAUGACGAAGAGCGCAAGCGCGUCGUCUAUGAACCUCUGCAACUGACCCAAGCAUUCCGCAAUUUUGAAUCUCUGUCUCCCUGGGAACAAGUUGGAGACGGAACCACUGCUCCGCGGCCAGACCAGUUGAAGCCUCUUCCUCCUCCAGCCGAACCGGAAGCCAAGAAGCCUUGAAGAGCUGAUUAGUUACGCGUAGCCAAAGAAUCCAUGUGUAGAGUGCGUGUUAUACAGAAAGAGCGGAGGCACGUAGAAACGUUUCAUGAAGCUUCACCAACUUGGGGUUUCUCGACGAGUUCGCCUGGCUCGCCAUUAACCUCUUCUACUUUCUCGACACCCAUGCUGUCCACUGGAAUCUUAGCAUCCCCCCAUCCCAUUCGACUCACGAUAUAUUCUUGCCCGAUGACCUCCACACCAACCCGCAGCGCUUCAGCGACGAGAUCCUCCACCCAGUCAUAACGAUCCCACAUCGUAUCUGAAAGCCAGGAUCCCGGAAUACACUGUGUUACAGUGCUGUGUGAUAGUGAAUGGGCCGGGUCACUGAGAUGGAUAAGGAAAUGUAGUUGCUGGGAUUGAGAAUUCGAAUUGAGAGAGGACAAAGCGAAGAAGGGUUGGAUCCGGAGAUAAACAUGUGAAUAAGUCGUCGGAGUCUGGACAGAUGAUUGGGCAGUUUGCGCCGUGUGGAUCGGGACGUUUGCCUUGAACAAUUCA